AAGGGAGGUAACUCUAAUUCCAUCGGAAAUGACAGAUUGCUACAAGUUCUUGUACCUGCUUCGAAGUUUUAGUACCCGAAUAUGCCUCGAAGACACCAGUCAAGAAAUAUUCUCAGUGUUUUAACUGAUAGAAACGUUUCUGAAGGCAUAAACAGUAGAAAAAUAUUAUGGGACAGAAUAUUGGGCUCUAGAAAUCUUUUCUUCAAAGACCUGAAAGAGCACUUCGGAUGUGUAAAUGCCAUUGAAUUUUCCAACCAAGGCGGGGAACUUAUCGCAUCAGGUGGAGAUGAUCGAAGAGUUUUGAUAUGGAAUGUUGAAAAAGCAUUAUCAGAUAUCCCUAAGCCUUGGUCCCUGAAAGGCGAGCACACAAGCAACAUCUUUUGUCUAGCCUUUGAUACAGAUAAUUCAAAAGUGUUCUCAGGGGGAAAUGAUGAGCAAGUUAUCGUUCAUGAUUUGCAAACUGGGGAGACUUUGGAUGUGUUUUUUCAUGAGGAUGCUGUAUAUGGUAUCUCUGUAAACCCAGAAAAUGGUCAUGUGUUUGCCACUGCUUGUGAUGAUGGCAGAAUUUUGGUUUAUGACAUCAGAGAACCCCCUGCAACAGCCGAUGCUUUUUGUCUGGCUAGCUACACUUCUUCCAUGCAUGCUGUAAUGUACAAUCCAGCUGAACCUCGCCUCCUAGCGACAGCUAAUGCUAAAGAAGGACUGGGACUCUGGGAUGUUAGAAAACCCAAAAGUUGUUUGCUGAGAUAUGGAUGUGGUAGUGUUCAACAGAGUGCAAACAGUGUUAGGAUAAACCGAACUGGUGACCAGAUUUUAGCUCUGCGCCGGAGACUCCCACCCAUUCUGUACAAUAUCCACAGCAGCAAGCCUGUGUGUGAGUUCGACCAUGCAGGUUACUUCAAUUCCUGUACCAUGAAAAGCUGCUGUUUUGCUGGUGACAAAGAUCAAUAUGUAUUGUCAGGAUCUGAUGACUUCCGCUUAUACAUGUGGAAAAUUCCAAAGGAUUUAUCAUCAAGGCGCUAUGUAAAUGAUGCUCACAUGGUUCUGAAUGGUCAUAGAUCAAUAGUGAAUCAAGUUCGCUUUAACCCUGACAAUCACAUUAUCAUUUCUUCUGGAGUAGAAAAAAUGAUCAAGGUGUGGAGUCCUUUUCAACUUCCAAACACUUCCCCAGAGAUGAUCAAUGCUAAUGGUAAAGAACGUCCAGUUUACAGCCAUGAAGAAUAUAUCAAUCUUAUUCUGAACAGUGGACAAUUCAUGUCGCAUGACUAUUCUAACCAAUCAGUGGAGGAGGAUCCACGCAUGAUUGCAUUCUUUGAUUCUUUGGUUCAGAGAGAGCUUGAGGGAAAUAGUUCUGACCCAGAUAUGUCAAGUGGAGAAGAGGAGAUGUAUGAGAGAAUAAUACAGUUGUCUCGAUCGGACAUUUCUGACUCCUCUGAGGACGAAGUUGAAGUAGUCGGGUCAUCAUCAGAGAGGCAUGACCAAGAAAGCGACACAGAUAGUAUUGAUGAUCCAGCUUUCAGUCCUUUUACUUUGGCUUUUGCAAGUGUCAUGGCUGCCCAAGCCACGGAUGGUAACCCAUCAGCCAGCAGACUUCUGAAUGCUUUAUCAGGAGAAAAUGGCCACCAGACAAAUAGUGAAAAUCAGAAUUCAUGGAGAAGCAUUUCGGAUUUAAUUGCUCAAAAGAGAAACGAAAUGAAAAAACGAAUUCAACAUGGUGUAUCUUCAAAACGAAAGAGAAAUCAGACUGACUUUUCAGAUUCAACUGAUGAUGAACAGCAUGCAAGUGAAGGCUUGUCUGGUCACCCUGAAAAUAUCCUGGCUGCUCACAGACAGAGGCGCCAGCUACAUUUAAAAAGACUCAGACAGCUCCGUAACAAUGCCUUGCAGAUGGAAGAAGAGAAUUGUGAAGAAAAUGAUAUGUCUUCUGCUUCAGUGAAUUGUCAGUCAGAACCAUCAACGUCAAAAGGUAACACAGGUUUAGGUCCAUUUUUGUCAGAAAACAAUAAAAGCAAUUCGGUUCAUAACUCUUGUGUCGAUAGUAAUCGAGAAGCAGAAAAACUGUGCGGUGAAAACUCUCUCCACCACCAACCAAAAGUCAGUGUUGGUGAUAACCACGGUGAUAACCAGCAACCAUGCUGCAGCCAUGACAAUGAGGAAAACAGUGAGGAAGAAGGAAGGCGACAAAAAUGGACAGGUUUCAAAAACAGAACAAAAAAGAAUAAGCGUGUUUAUCGAAAUCACAGUGAUAGAGACGAUAUUUAAAGUUAGAACAUUUAAAAAUCGUAUGAUGAUGUGUAUCGAGAACAGAAAUGAAAACAAUCUGAAAUUAAAUGAGCAAAAACAACUUUGUGAAUGAGUUGAUACUGCAGUUUUGCGAUCUUGCUAUGAGAGACUUCAUCAGUAAGGAUAAUUUUUAAGAAUGUACAAUUUGUUCAUCACUACGUAUAUUAAGAAAUUCAUGAAAACCUUAUUUUCAGAUUGAGAGAAGCUCACUAAUUUACUUGAUUCCCUCAAAUUAUGAUUUACAGUACAUGUAUUUGAUACAUACUAAAUGAUAAUACUGUAUUUAUGGGGAGGAUAAUGCUGAGGUUGGACUCCGUUUCAUAGUGUAACAUCCAUUGUUUUAUUCAUAGUUUUUAAGAUUACAGUUCUGUUAUGAAAUUGCUGUUUGUAAAAGUGAUAUCAUAAAAUCUUGUGAAAUAAUGGCUAGAAGAAAUGGAAAUUAACAACUUUCUGGAAUAACAAUUUAUUCCCUAUUACCAUGUACAUAUGGAUUCCAUUUCAUGAAGUUUAUUUGUGGAUGAAAAUUUUGUAAGUUUCAACUUCUACAAUUUGAAAAUUAUGAUUUCAAUUUUUCUAAAGUUCUCUCUAUAAUCUUUCUUCAAAUCUGUUAUCAAAAUUGCCUAACAGAGAGGAGAUAUAUCAAUAGGAAAGUUUCCAGUUAAAAGAUCUUUUGUUUCAAUGGUGGUACAUUUUGUGGUACUUUGAACAUCAGAGUGGAACAUAGUACACCUGAGUCAACGAUGAAGACAAGGAAAAAUGAAAAUUAACUUGAUCGCAAUAAAUAUGGGAUUAAAAAGAAUAGAUGAAUUCAAUGCCAUAUUUACAAGUACAUGUGAUAUUUAGUGAAAGUACGAAAGAGCAAUUUAAAAAAAAUAACAUGAUAUGGUUGAAUUUUUUAUUUACUCCCUUAAUUCUAGUUAUUACAGUUUUUUGGUGUUAAGUUUGUGUUUUUGAUAUAAAUGUAUAAGAUUGUGCUUGCAAUUUUCAGUUAGUAGUGUAAUUGCUGAUCACAUUUACUUUCUGAAUACAUAUAUUGUUCUGUUUUAUCAGUUUAAUUUGAUAAUAUAACAGAACUUUGUUUCAUGUAAUCAAUAGAUAUGACCAAAUAAAACAUGACGUAAGGAA